AUGACUCUCACAAAAGCCUUUCCGCCGCCCCCUGGGCAAACCGUGCUGGCCGUAACAUUCAGCCUCAUCGCAUUCGCAGCGGUGCUUAUCGGUACGCGAAUCUUCCAUCGAGUGAAAGUACAGAGAAAGAAGCUUGUUUUGAGCGACUACAUCACGAUUGUGGCAUUUUGCGCAGCUCUCUCUUGCGCAGCCUUUGAUGUUGUAUUCUGGCAACAUAAUGUCCUCCGACCUAGAAUGAGUGUUGGAUUUGAGAACUAUAACCCUCGCGAAGAGCUCGUGGAAUACAUUUAUAAGAUGUCUUGGGUCAGUGAAAUUCCGUUUUACGCGGCGACGUAUCUCUCCAAAGCGAUCCUCCUAGCAAUGUACUUCAGCAUUUUCCCUUCCUUUAUGGGGAGACGUCGCAGGGCUCUCUGGUUCACAGUUAUAUACUGUGCACUAGCUUACAUCGUAACACUUGCAAUGCAACUAUUCUCUUGCAUGCCACUGGAGAGGCACUGGAUCAUCAGCCGCCCUAUGACCGCUUGUGAUUGGAAGUGGCAGGGUACAGUCUUCCAAGUUUCCUGGGCCUUGUCCUUUUUGGCCAGUCUCCUGCUUCUUAUUCUACCUUUUACCGUGAUUCAUGAUCUAGAUUUGACGAAAAGGGCAAGGAUGGGACUGUACUUUGUCUCGUUGGUUGGCGUUCUUGACAUUGCCAUCUCUCUCAUCCGAUUCUUGAAUGUGGAGCUUGGCGAUGGUGGGGAGUUCAGAUCAUUCACUACGAUCGAGCUUUGGAGUUCCCUCGAUGUCAACAUUGGUCUCAUCACGGCUUGCCUCCCGGGAGUAAGAAUGUUACUUGGACGCAUGACAAGAAUAGAUGAUUACACCUUUGAUGAGGGCAAGACUGCGAGGUCUUCGCGGGCAAUGGAGCAUCGCGAGUUGGAAGAGAUCGAGGAUUCGACCUAUCUAGGCGUCAGUAGCGCUGGUCCCUCCAACCGCUCAAACAGAGCCUCCCACGUUGAUGAGAAGCUUGACAAGGCGCCAGAGAAGCAGCGUGAGCGUUCGUGGAGGGACGAUGAUGGUGACGACAGUGAUCUGGAGCUUGACAAUCUCAACGUCGAAGCUCUUACAAAGGACCAGGCACAGUCGUACUGGUCGCAUCCUUAG